AUGAACCCGUACAUGAUGCAGCAGAUGGGUGGAGGGCCCCCUAUGAUGGGGUCCCCACCCAUGAUGAAAGGCAAAGGGAAAGGACCCAACAUGGGAGCGAUGGGCGGAUGUAUGGGGCCUGCAGGCUGCAUGAGGCCUCCUGGACCGAUGGGUGGUGGUGGUGGUGGUGGUGGUCUUCCGCCCAUCAUAGCUCCCAAGAUGGUCAUGCCGCCCAAGCAGCAGAUCAAUCCGAAGCCCUGUGGAGCUUCAAACAUGCCUUGCAACAUGGCCUCCUCGGCCAACAUGACGCCUUUGGGGGGGCCCAAGAUGCAAAUCCGGCCACAGGCGCCAGCUAUGCAGGCACUGGGUGGGCCCAAGCCACCCGGUGUCCCGCCGCCCAAGAACAUGGCCAUGGGCGGUGGCAUGGGCGGCGGCAUGGGCGGUGGCAUGGGCGGUGGCAUGGGUGGCGGGAUGGGCGGUGGCAUGGGCAGCGGGAUGGGUGGCGGGAUGGGCGGUGGCAUGGGCGGCGGGAUGGGCGGCGGGAUGGGCGGAAUGCCUGGGGCGCUGCAAAUGUCUACGCCCAAGGCGUCGAGCUCGAACUCCAAGAGCUGGGAGCAGUGGGAGGAGAAUGACUGGUCCAAAGGCGGUGGAGCUUCCAAUGACUGGUCCAAAGGCUCAGCUUCCAACGACUGGUCCAGCAACGACUGGUCCAGCUCUCAAGCGAAGGAUUGGUCCAAAGGCUCUAGUGACUGGAACGAGGAUUGGAAAGGAGCAGGAGAUUGGAAUGAUUGGAAGAAGGACAAGUGGAAGAGUUGGAAAGACGACGAGUGGGGGGAUGAUUGGAAAGAUUGGGAUUGGCGCAAACGUGGCAAGGGCAAAGGUGAUGGGAAAGGCCGCCGACGUGGGAAGGGCGACGACCUCGAAGUGGUCAUCAAGGGCCUCCCUGCACAGACUGAAGAGGCGGCCAUCCGGGAAUUCUUUUCCUCCUGUGGCGAAGUGACGCGCAUCACAGUGCCAAGAUCAGGGAAGAUGAUCUUUGUGGCCUUCAGCACUCAAGAGGGUGUAGACAGCGCCUUAGGCUUCAACAAGACCUUCUUCAAUGGCAUUUACAUCGAGGUGAAGGCUGCCGCCGAGAAGUACGAGGCCAAAAGAAGCAAUGACGACUUGACCGUGGUGGUGAAAGGCUUCCCCGACACCGCCGACGAAGCCUCCUUGAGCGCACACUUCGGCUCCUGUGGCGAGGGCCCCGUGCGGGUGAACGUGCCGCGACACCGGGAUACUGGGAACGUGAAAGGUGCGGCUUUCGUGGAGAUGAAAGACGAGGAAUCCUUGAUGCAGGCCCUCCAGCUGGACGGCUCGAGCUUCCUGGGUGCACCACUCACGGUGCGGAGGGCCACGGAUGCCAUCGAGAAGGGCGCCGGGAAGGGCAAGCGAGACAAGGAGAAAGAGGACGAGGUGAGUGUGGUGGUGAAGGGCUUCCCCAUACAAGAUACGGAUGAAGAGACGUUGAGGAAUGGCUUCAUGGUCUGCGGGGAAGUGGUCCGGAUCCGCCUGCCGCGGGGGAGCGACGGCUUGCCCAAAGGGACGGCUUUCGUUCAGUUCAGCACGGAGGAACAGGUGCAGAGGGCACUGGAGCUGGAUGGCCAAGAUAUCUUCGGCUCCGGCAACAUCAGUGUGCAUCGGGCCAAUGAAAAGAGGAAGGACCACAAGGACAAAGAGAAGAACGAUGAUUUCACUGUUGUGGUGCGGGGACUUCCAGACUGGGUUCAAGAAACGCAGUUGAAGUCUGACUUCGGCAGCUGUGGGCCCUUAAAGCGAGUCUCCGUGCCAAAAGACAACAAUGGCAAUGGCAAAGGAUUCGGCUACGUGCAGUACAAGAGCGACGACGCCGUGAACCGCGCACUGGAAUGGCACAACACCUGGUACAAAGGUGUCCAGAUUACCGUGGAAAAGCUUGGUGCUGACAAAGGACGUGGGCGCGGAGGACGGCGUGACCGGAAGGAGCGGCUCCCGGAGGGGCCCACCGUGAAUGUGAGCGGCCUGAGCUACGAGGUCGAUGAUGAGAUGCUGAAGCAAGCCUUCGCAGCCUGUGGAGAGGUCGUGGCCUGCAGGGUGAACAUUAGCAACAAGGGCCGUUCCAAGGGAAAGAGUCGUGGAACAGGCUUGGUGGUCUUUGCGACCGAAGAGGCCCAAAAGAAGGCCGUGGAAACCAUGGACCAGAUGGAGCUCUCGGGGCGGACGAUCACCGUGAAAGAACGAGCUGAAGAGGCGAAGUUGGACUUCAGUGCGCUGGAAGGAGAGGGUGACAAGACUUUGCUGGAGGAAGAAGAGGAGGAUGACUGGGAGAACUUCGAUUGGGAAGAUGCCUCGGACGACUCCGACUCCUCCGACGAGGAUGAUGAGGAUGAUGACUGGGAUGAAGACGAAGAUGAGGAAUAUCGGGGCAAUGCACCUGAAGAAGCGGGGCAGGCGGAUGCCAAGGCGCUGGCAGUACCAAGCCAGCCAGAGACCUCAGAUGUUUCUGUUUUGCCCUCGCAACCUAUGGAUGUCGCGCCGGCCAUGCCCAAACAGCCUGCACUGCCGGACCAGUCUGCGGUGCCUGGGGCGGAUGCAACAGCACCUGUGGCCGCGGCGCCUGAGCAGUCGAUGGAGCUGGGACAGGUCACAGGAAGUGCCUCUGUGCUGCCACCAGUGCAACCAGCGGCCAUCAUGGAGGCGCCCACCAGCGCGCCGGACACUGUGGUGGACACUGGGCCGGUGGCGGGCGCCGCUAUGGAACAUCCGGUGGCUGCCAUCGAGGCUCCCGCGCCUGCCAUGGAGGCUCCAGCGAUGCCCAAGCAGCCGAUGCUAGCGCCACCUGAAGCGAAGAUGGAGAUUCAGGCAGAGCCAGCUACUGCCUCAUCAGCUGAUGCAGCCAUAGAGAGUGCAGAGAAAGCAGAGAAAGGCUCCGAGCGAAAGGAGGAGAAGAAGCGUAGCCGCAGCCGGAAGCGCAGCCGCAGCCGAAAGCGGAGCCGCAGCCGGCGACGGCGCCGGGUGGUGCAGGAAGUGGAGCUCACCACACAAGAGGAGAUCCUCAUCACAGACCCGGAUGGGCAAAAAGUGGAGCCCGUCGCCUUCAACACCUUCGACGAAUGUCCCUUCCCUGACGAGAUCCGGGACGAGGUGAAGCGGUCGGGCUUUGCUAAGCCCAGCCCCAUCCAGAUGUACUCCUGGCCGCUGGCGGUGCAGGGGAAGGACAUCAUUGGAAUUGCCACCACCGGGAGCGGAAAGACCGUGGCCUUCCUCUUCCCGGCCUUCAAGUACAUCAUGGAGACGAAUGCCAAGGCGGACAAUCCCACUUUGCUUUGCCUGUCUCCUACACGCGAGCUUGCGGUGCAAGUGGAAAAUGAGGCCCACAAAUUCGGCAAACACUGUGGCAUCGUUACGGUGUGUGUCUAUGGAGGUGUGGGCAACAAGAGGGAUCAGGGUCGUGACCUGGCCAAGGGCUGCCAUUGUUUGGUCGCCACACCAGGGCGGCUGAACGAUUUCGUCGAAGGGAAGGAGGUGAGCUUGGCCAACGUCUCCAAGUUGGUGGUGGAUGAAGCCGAUCGAAUGCUGGACAUGGGCUUCGAGCCUCAGAUCCGAAAGGCUGUGAAAGAGGUGAAGGAAGUCACACAGCGGCAGACCCUCUUCUUCACCGCCACAUGGAAUACCAAUGUUCAGAAGAUCGCCAGUGACUUUGUGAACAGGCCCUAUCAGGUGAAGAUUGGAAGCUCGGAGCAGCUGAAGGCUUCGGAGAACAUCAAGCAGGUGGUGAAGAUUGUGGAUCCGGACAAGAAGGUCCGCCAUUUGACCAAGCUCUUCCUGGAAUAUGAUAUCUCCGAGAAGGGCCGGGGUGAAAACCGAGCCAUGAUUUUCUGCAACACGAAGAAGACCUGCGAGCAGCUGGAAGAUGGCCUGAACCGUGCGCGGGUGCGAUGUGAUUCCAUCCAUGGUGACAAGGAGCAGAAGGAUCGCGAGCGGGCUUUGAAUGACCUGCGCGAUGGCUACACCAAGAUCAUCUGCGCCACAGAUGUGGCUGCCCGUGGUCUUGACGUGAAAGGCGUAACCUUAGUCAUCAACUACGACCCCCCGAAGAAUGCGGAGGAGGGGUGCCAACUUCCAUGA